AGAGGGACAAAAUUGUCCUUUGUCAAGUGUAACUGGCAGCAGAGAUGACCAAACCAGGGGGCCAUUUGUUGGGGUUCAUUAUGUGUCAUCCUGCUCUGUUGAACUGUGUAGACAAAGAUGCCCAAGGACAAUUUACUUGUCUGCCCACGAUUAACCUGAAAUGCCAUAUUUGAGUCUGUGUGGCUCUGAGGAAAACAAUGUGCCCUGAGAAUGUUUGGUAGUCUUUUGUGAUGUCACCUCUAGAAUGUUCCGAGUGCUUGGGAGACCGACUUCUGCAAAGAGCCUACAUCUUGAAUUUCAGUUUGCGGGGCUCGGUCGAGCCCUUUCUCCAGAUCCAUAAUCUGUACUCCGUGCCAAAGUGCCCACAGGCCCCCUUGCCAAGAUCAACCCGAAGAACUGCAAGUCAACACUCAUACCCAGUGAACAGAUUCUCCUCUAUGCCCAUCUGUGAUGCCAUGGAGCAUCCACCAUCACAGGCAGAGUUGGAGUUGGACUAUAACCUUCCCCGGGUUCAGCUGAGUGAUGAGAUGUUCGUCUUCCAGGACGGGAGGUGGGUGAGUGACAAUUGCCGCUUGCAAUCCCCGCACUUCUCCCCCGUCUCCUCUUUUCAUCAUAAGCUGCAUCACAAGAGGCUGGCCAAGGAAUACAUCCUGCAAGAGGAGAAUAAGUCCCUUCGGGAGGUGAACAGGGCCCUUCGGGAGGAGAACAAGGCCCUCCGGGAGGAGAACAAGGCCCUCCGGGAGGAGAACAAAGUCUUGAGUAAGGAGAACAAAAUUCUCCAGGCCUUCUGGGAGGAGAACAGGGAAGAGAACAAAGGCGAGCUGGGGAGAGUGGCUGGCGUGGCAUCCUCGGUUCUAAUCCAAAAGGACAACACAGCCCUCCAGGGCCCAAAGAAGGACAGUACAGCGCUGCAGACGCCCAGGAAGGAAAGCGCCACCCUGCACCUUCUCCAGGAGGAGAAUCGGGCCCUGCAGCGGCUUCUGGAGCAGAGAGAGGCCCAUUGGCCUCACCCGGAGCAAAAGACACAUCCCCACGAGGAAACAAAGGGCCUCCCAACUCCUCAAGACGAUGUCCACAGUGCUUCGAGGCAGUCGGGGGAGAGCACCAUCCCUCCGUGUGAAGAACCCAAAGGGCCUGCGACCCUUCAGGAGGCCAGUAAAGCCCUUCAGUCCCUCCGGGAGUUGGUUAACAACCUGUCCAUCCCUCUGGAGGAUGUCAAGGCUGUGCCAGGCCUCCAGGAAGAGGCCCAGUCUCUGCAGGUGCUUCGGGAAAUGAACCAAGCUCUGCAAGCCCUGCGGGAGGAGAAUCAGAGCCUGCGAGCCCUGAGAGAGGAGAACCGGAUGCUUCAGGAGGAGAAUCGGGCCCUUGAGCUCCUGAGAGAGGAGCAUUGGACCUGCCAGGAGGAGAACAAGGUCCUGUGGGAGAACAAUAAGCUGAAGCUGCAGCAGCAACUGGUGAUCGAUACGGUGACGGAAAUCACUGCGAGGAUGAGGAUGCUGGUGGAAGAGCUAUAUGGCCACAUGCCCCCCAAGAACAAGGAGCUGAAGAAGCCGGGCAGGGUCUGAGGGCUGGAAGGCCCAGAGGCCCAGAGUUCGGGGGGCCCAGUUAUAGAGCUUCACUUGAAAACUUCCUCUCCUUUCCUCAGCCCCUUCCCAUUGGAGUUCAUGCCUAUGGUAAGAGUAGUAUUAUCGGCCCCCUUGAUGCCAGAGAAGUAAUAAAGGCAUGAGGAAGAGUUUAGGAGGCUGGCCUGAGAGAAUUAUUUCACUAUUAGAGUUGUAACUAGCAUUGCUCUCACCUGGGGCAAGCUUCACAAAAUGACCCUAGAGUAAAUGUCAUAAACUUUAGAUAAUUCAUUUGAGGUGGGGAAGAAAUGGGAAUAUAGACCCAUUCUUCUUCCCCCCUCCAGGAUGCUGUAAUAGCAAUGCUACUUGAAGCUGCUGUGGAGGUGUAAGUCCAGUAACACCAGCACACAGGAGGGCGGCUAGCGCAGAUUCUUUGAUCUACUUUUCUAACGGAAAGCAACUUUAAAGGGGUCAACAAUCUUACUUUAAUUAUCAUUCACUUAGUUCAGGGGAAAAGUCAGCACCCUGAACUUCAGAGAAAAUACAAACAGAAACUACAAGCAGAGAAAAUAACAUAAAUCAGUAGACAGAGCUUCUAACUGUCUGAUCAUAGCAAUCCUUACCAGAGAGAGAAGCACCAACAUCUGGGUUUUUCAAGGGCGGUGCUCCUUAAUGACUACCCAGAGUCUCCUCUGGCCAAAUCACAUGAACACUCUCCCAAUGAGUGACCCCAUGUGAUGCCAUGGGGCAUCACAACCCUCAGUGACUCAGUGCCUAAUUCGAAGUGGGCUCCACAUGAGGCCUAUUAAUUGGCAGGGAAGAUCUUCAAAUGGUAUUAACAUUACAGAUGAUCUGUGGAGAGGAGGUGGAAAGAGGAGCCUUAGCUAGGAGAGAGCAGCCAAUGAUAGGAAAUGAUGAGCCCCCUGGGGGCUUCCAAUUUCACAUUGUUCUUGCCAAGUAGGUGCUAAGCUCAGUCAUUUUUGUGCUGCCUAGGCAGGAGUUCCAGUUGCCCCAUCUUAGUUAGAAUUCUGCUAUUCAUUUACACCUCCUUUCUCUUGUCCUAUCUUGUCCUCUUCAUAAUACUAGCCCCCAAUGCCAGUUCAUCGUCAUUGUCCAGUCAGCGCAUCUCCCUGAUGGCUGGGAGGGUAUAGUCCUUGGAAUAAACAAGCAAUCAAGUUGGCUUUGGAGGAUGCUUGGAAGCACAGUAAACUAUUCAAUAAACAAUCAAAUUUAAAGAAAUUAAGUGGCAUAUUAGAGUGUUGGGCUUGAAAUCAGGAAUACCUGCAUUCAAAGCUUUGAUGCUUGAUAGCUGUGUGACCUUGGACAUGUCACUUCCCUCUGACCCUCAGUUUUCUUCUUUGUAAAAUGUGGAAAACAGCACCUGCCUCAAUUUUGUUGUGAGAGAUUGAAUGCAGCAGCUUAAGUAAAGCACUUUUGUAAAUCCUAAGGCACUAUAUCAAUACGAGGUAUCAUUCCCAUUUUACAGGCAUAGAAAUUACAGGACCCAAUACUUUGGGAGGCACCCCGCAGGGUUCAUAAAGAAAAAGGCAAAGGAUGAAAGCCUGAACUUCUAAUUCCUAGUUCAAUAUUCCGUCUGCUAAAGUGAUAAGAAUAAGCUGAUGGGGCAGUUAGGUGGCCCAGUGAGUAGAGCACCAGCCCUGGGGUCAGGAGGACCUGAGUUCAAAUCCAACCUCAGACAAUGACACACUUACUAGCAAUGUGACCUUGGGCAAGUCACUUAACCCCAAUUGCCCUGCCUCCCUCCCUGC